AGCGGCGUGUGUGGGGCCGUGUGCAGACCCGCGUGUGGCGCAGGCAAGGACCCUGAAAAUAAACAGCCGCUACCUUGUGAGCGGUCUUCCUCGGGCCUGCGACAGAGUCUCCGCCGCUGCGGGUCUGCUCAGACGCCGAAGUGGCAAGGCAAGAGUUGGUAGAAAGAUUCUUCUGAAAAUUUAUCCUGAAUCUGAUUGCAGAGAGUUGGAAUAAAUCUGACUGCAGCCAUGAGCAGCAAUGAGUGCUUCAAGUGUGGACGAUCUGGCCACUGGGCCCGGGAAUGCCCUACUGGCGGAGGCCGUGGUCGUGGAAUGAGAAGCCGUGGCAGAGGUGGUUUUACCUCGGAUAGAGGUUUCCAGUUUGUUUCCUCAUCUCUUCCAGACAUCUGUUAUCGCUGUGGUGAGUCUGGUCAUCUUGCCAAGGAUUGUGAUCUUCAGGAGGAUGAAGCCUGCUAUAACUGCGGUAGAGGUGGCCACAUUGCCAAGGACUGCAAGGAGCCGAAGAGAGAGCGAGAGCAAUGCUGCUACAACUGUGGCAAACCAGGCCAUCUGGCUCGUGACUGUGACCACGCGGAUGAGCAGAAGUGCUAUUCUUGUGGAGAAUUUGGGCACAUUCAAAAAGACUGCACCAAAGUGAAAUGCUAUAGGUGUGGUGAAACCGGUCAUGUAGCCAUCAACUGCAGCAAGACAAGUGAAGUCAACUGUUACCGCUGUGGCGAGUCAGGGCACCUUGCACGGGAAUGCACGAUUGAGGCUACAGCUUAAUUAUUUUCCUUUGUCGCCCCUCCUUUUUCUGAUUGAUGGUUGUAUUAUUUUCUCUGAAUCCUCUUCACUGGCCAAAGGUUGGCAGAUAGAGGCUACUCCCAGGCCAGUGAGCUUUACUUGCCGUGUAAAAGGAGGAAAGGGGUGGAAAAAUAUCGACUUUCUGCAUUUAACUACAAAAAAAAAAGUUUAUGUUUAGUUUGGUAGAGGUGUUAUGUAUAAUGCUUUGUUAAAGAACCCCCUUUCCGUGCCACUGGUGAAUAGGGAUUGAUGAAUGGGAAGAGUUGAGUCAGACCAGUAAGCCCGUUCUGGGUUUCUUGAAUAUGUUCCCAUGUAGGAGGUAAAACCAAUUCUGGAAGUGUCUUUGAGCUUCCAUAAAUAACUUUAAUUUUAGCUUAAUGAUGGCCUUGGAUUGUCUGACCUCAGUAGCUAUUAAAUAACAUCAAGUAACAUCUGUAUCAGGCCCUACAUAGAACAUACAGUUGAGUGGGAGUAAACAAAAUAAAAAGACAAAUGUGCGUGUUAAUGGCUAUGUGAGAAAAAUCGGGAUAAAAGCCUAAACAGGAACAACUUCAUCACAGCGUUGAUGCUGGAUAUACAGAUGGUGAUGGCAAAGGUUUAGAACACAUUUUUUCAAAGACUAAAUCUAAAACCCAGAGUAAACAUCUAUGCUCAGAGUUAGCAUAAUUUGGAGCUAUUCAGGAAUUGCAGAGAAAUGCAUUUUCACAGAAAUCAAGAUGUUAUUUUUGUAUACUAUAUCACUUAGACAACUGUGUUUCAUUUGCUGUAAUCAGUUUUUAAAAGUCAGAUGGAAAAAGCAACUGAAGUCCUAGAAAAUAGAAAUGUAAUUUUAAACUAUCCAAUAAAGCUGGAGGAGGAAGGGGA